UAAAACUAAACAGUCAAUUUUCUUCAGGCAGAAACGUUAAAAAAGAGACAGUCGGGGAGGCUGACAAGACCUCUGGGAAGGACCUCACAUCGGCGGAGAAACAAGAGAAGUUUUUGAUCAUGAAGAACAUAGUAGUCAUCUCCAUCGCCUUCAGCUUGCUCUUUACCAGCUUUAAUUCAAUGUCUAAUCUCCAGUCAUCCAUUAAUAAGAUAGAUGGAACAGCAUCACUGACUGUUCUUUAUGGUGCUUUCGUCUUCUCCUGCUGCUUCUUGCCGUCGUGGCUGCUGUCGUUGUUAAAGGAGAAGUACACAAUAGCACUCUCCAUGUUCUGCUACUCUUCCUACAUCGCAGCUCAGUUCUACCCAGAGAUCUACACUCUCGUACCUACAGCCGUCAUCCUGGGCUUGGGAGCUGCACCGCUCUGGGCCUCCAGAUCCAUUUACUUAACCAAGGUUGGGCUGAGAUACGCCAGUCUUGUGGGAGAGAACAGUGAUGUUAUCAUAACAAAGUUCUUCGGCAUUUUCUCCAUGUUCUUCCAAUUUAACCACGUGUGGGGUAGUCUCAUUGCUUCCUCAGUGUUGUCUGUGGGUGUAGAGGAAGUCAACCGGACGGAGGCGGAGCUACUGUCCUGUGGGUACAACUUCUGCAUCUCUGAGCCCACCAGAGAGCUCAACAGCAGCGACUCCAGCGGGAGGGAAGGCCCGCCUCUCUGGCAGAUUUACACCUUAGCUUCUAUCUUCCUCCUCUGCUCCCUCCUCUCCUCUGUUGUCGUCAUCAUCUUCGUCGAUCCUAUUAGUUCCUUUAAGGAAGUGGUAGGUGGCGGUGGAGAGGGUAAAAGCAGUUUACAGCUGCUAGUUGCCACCUUCAACCAUCUGCGUCAUCCAUACCAGCUGCUCAUUGUGCCCCUCAGCAUCUGGUCAGGUUUUGAAUACAGUUUUCUCACCGCAGAUUACACUGCAGGUUACGUAUCGUGUGGUCUAGGGGUGCACAUGGUGGGAUACGUGAUCAUGUGUUUUGGUGUGUGUGACGCUCUGUGCUCCAUGGGACUCAGUUCUGUGGUGAAGGUGCUGGGGCGGGUGCCUGUUUUUACCCUGGGCUUCCUCAUCAAAAUGGCCCUCAUCGUGGCACUCGUGUACUGGCGGCCACUCCCGGAUGACGUCGCUUGGUUCUUCGUCAUUGUCGGCUUUUGGGGAGUGAGUGACGCAAUCUGGCAGACGCAGAUCAAUGCACUGUAUGGUGUGAUCUUCCCCGGGCAGUGUGAGGCAGCUUUCAGUAACCAUAACUUGUGGGCGUCUGCCGGCUUCUUCAUCUCCUACGCUUGCAGCACCGCCAUCUGCGUUGAUGUCAAGAUCACCAUUCUCAUCAUCUUCCUCGUGGUAGGCAUGACUGGAUACUACACCAUUGAGAUCAUACAAAAGAUGGGAGGCCCGAAGAAGGACAAGGACGGUAGUGUCAUACCACUCGAUCAACUCAUCGUCAGAGAGUUAUAAGUGAUUCUUAGAUGCUUUUGUUGGUGUCGGUUGUGGCAGUAAAAAUAAGGGAAUUGCGUCUUGCUGACUCUAGUUAGCAUGUACCGAUUAUUCCUCACUCUCACGGAAGAGUGGUUUGCUCAUCCUAUUUAACGUAUACCGAUCAUUCCACACCAUGGGUCAUCCCGCACAUUUAUAUAAUUGUGCCCUGUUCAUCUGAGUUAACGAAUACUGAUCAUUCAUCAACUCAAGACAAGCCACAGGGGGUGGAAAUCUUUAGCUCAAAUACUUUCGCACUUCUCAGUGUGUCAUCAGGAGCUAUACAAUGUUGCAAGGUUGCAACUGAAGGAGUGAGGGGAAGUUUUUCUCUCAGAAUAGCGCAGAUUGGAUCUGUCGCCUCCUCUUGGCUCUCUUAGAAUGUGGCCAGCGGUCAGCAUCACACCCACCACUGCCACCAUCCCCUAUGUAAGAGAGUUUUGAAAAGUCAAGAAUUAUGAAAUUAGAAGGUAUAAUAGUCCGUCCUAAGCUUUUUCUAACCGUUUAGAACAGGUCCUGUGACUUGAGAAAAUACGUUUCUCAGUGGAUAUUAUAUAUAUGGAUUG